AUGCUAACUGUGCUAUUCGUGCCGUUAGACGGUUUGGGUCACAUCAAUGCCUGUCACGGUUUGGCCGAUAGCCUCAGAGAGGCCGGUCAUUGGUGUGUGUUUGCCGUCGACGACUUUUUUGUCGACCAGUUGACAAAGUAUGGCUUUGCAGUACAAUCGUUGACUGCAAAUGUGGACAAAAUCAACGACGGUGUUAGUCUGACACAACUACAGCCGCCACCGAUGACCGAGGAUAAGAUGCGGGCAAAACGUGAAAACAAUUUUGUUGCCCGCAAUGCACAGGUAUUCAAAGAGUGUCCGCUAAAUGUGGCCAAAACGUAUGUCGGAUUGUUUGACGAGCUGUGCGAUGUACUGAUGGCCAGAGAUCAGAUAUAUAAGCGUAUUGUUGCCGAUGUCAAACCCGAUGUUAUUGUUGUCGACUCAUAUAUUAAUUCACCCGUACUGACCACCAACAGUGGUAUACCUUGGGUUUGGUUGUAUUCGGCUGCACCACUUAUGAUACUUAAUUCAAAUCUUAGUAGCGACCAAUUGCCACCCGCGUGGUUAGGUUUACCAACUAAUGACACAAAUGAUUGGCCAAAACAUCGAGAAAAUUUAGAUAAAGUAUUUGAAAAAUUGUACCAUAAAUGCAACAAAUGGUAUCAAUCAUACGGUGCCGCACUCACACCAGUGACCUCAAACACAACCAACACUUGCAUACAUCCCGUUUCUAGUUAUCUGAACAUAUAUAUGACACCCGAAGAGCUAGACUAUCGAGAGGUACAGCCGUUGCCUGAAAACUGGCGACGAAUUGAUUGUAUUGUACGGACCACUGGCGACACUUUUGACAUACCGGCCAAACUAAGGGACAGACCGGGAAGACUGGUGUAUCUAUCGAUGGGUUCACUUGGGUGCUCACACAUCGAGCUAAUGACACGUUUGACCAAUAUUUUAGGCAAAUCGCGGCACAAGUUUAUCGUUACCAAAGGUCCACUACAUUACAAGUAUGACUUACCGGACAACAUGUGGGGCAACGAAUCACUGCCACAGUUGGCAAUCCUACCGCUGGUCGAUCUGGUCAUUACUCACGGCGGUAACAAUACAGUUACCGAAUGUUGUUAUUACGGUAAACCUAUGUUAGUUAUGCCACUGUUUGCCGAUCAGUUUGAUAACGCACAGAGAGUUCAAGAGUCGGGACUCGGUUUGAGAUGUAAUCCGUUUGAAUGCAGUGAUGAAGAGCUGGUCCAGUCUGUCGACAAACUGGCGGACGACUCGACUUUGGCGGAUAGGAUGAGACGUAUCGGCGAUAGGAUUAGGCGAUCAAAUGAUAGGGAAAUGAUAGUAAAAAUUAUUGAA